UAUAAUUCGAUAAUUCUACAUUCAAAAUAAAUGUUUGAAUUUUCGAAUUGCUUUUGAUUUUUUCUUCAAAAAUAUUCGAAAAGAUGCCUCGAGCUCCCAAAAAUCAAGAUUCCACUUUGACUUUAACUUCUAAUCGUUCAUCGGUUGGCAAACGUAAUAGUAUCGGCAAUGAUUUUGAAGAACAAUUUCAUGAAGAACGUGGUACUCAAAUCAUUGAUGAUAUCUACAUACCUCCACCUCCUUUACAGCCUCAAAACUUGGAUGAUCAAACUGGUGAACGUUUGAUUAUCGAAACGAUAGGAAUUACGAAUUUUAAAUCAUUCGGUGGAUACACUCUUCUUGGACCUUUUUACAAAAGUUUUAAUUCAAUUGUCGGACCAAAUGGAAGUGGGAAAUCAAAUGUCAUCGAUUCAAUGUUGUUUGUGUUUGGCUACCGUGCUCAUAAACUUCGUUGUACUAAGAUAUCAUCUAUCAUUCAUAAUAGUGAAUCAAUGCCUAAUUGUCAAUUUGCUCAAGUUGAUGUUAAUUUUGCCAUGAUCGAUGAUAAGGGUGAUGAUAAUGUUGACGUAAUCGAUGGUUCUCGAUUUACUGUCAGUCGUGUGGUCAACAAAGAUAAUUCUUCUCAUUAUAUGAUUGAUAAUCGUAGAAUGCAGUUCAGAGAUGUAUCAAAAAAACUUCAAGAAGUCGGUAUUGAUCUUCGUUAUAAUCGUUUCCUAAUUCUUCAAGGUGAAGUUGAACAGAUAUCGUUGAUGAAACCAAAAGCCGAUCCUAAUAGUGAUGUCGGUAUGUUGGAAUAUCUUGAAGAUAUAAUCGGUACCUCUCGUUACAAAGAACCAAUAGACAAACUUGCCGUUAAAUAUAAUGAAUUAAAUGAACAACGAACACAAUAUGUUGUUCGAGCAAAUUAUGCACAAAAUGAAUUGAAAUCUUUUGAAAAAUCUAAAAAUGAAGCUAUUCAAGCUUUAGUAUUGGAAAACAAGAAAAAGAUUGAAAAAGCAAAACUUGUUCAAUAUAAUCAAUAUAGACUAUCGAAAAAAUUGCAACAUCAUGAAGAAGAGUAUGCCAUAUUCGAACAAAAAUUCAACGAUUUUAACAAAGAAGAAGAAACUAUCGGAUUGGAAAAGGCAAAAUUUGAUGAAGAGGAAAAAACCAAAUCAAUCGAAUUCACUGAGCUUGAAAAAAAUGCUGAAAAAUUAAAAUUAAAAUUUCAAGAAUGUAAUAAAAAUGAUUUAUAUUAUAAUCAACGAAUGAAAUCAACAAAAGAUAAAUUGAAAAAAUUGAAAAACAAAAUUAUUGAAGAUCAGAAAAAGUUAGCCGAAUGGACGGAUAUGCCAUCACAAAAUGAUGAACUGAUUGAAAAACUUGAACAAUCUAAAAUAGAAAUGGAAACAGAAUUGAAACAAAUUGAAGAAAAAAUGAAUGAAGAAACGGCUAUCGCACAAAAAGCUUGUUCCGAAUUGAUUAAACAACGAGAUCAGCUGAAUUUGGAAUCGAUCAAAUUCAAAGAUAUGCAAAGCUCAAAAUUAGAUCAGAUGAAUGAAGCAUAUAAUCAAUUUAUGGUUUAUAAACAACAAGCUGAUUCAACAAAAGAUAAAUAUGAACAACUUCAAACUAAAUUUCGGCAUAUACAUGAUGAAACAGAUGAAAAAAAUCGAAUGCUUGAAAAAUAUCAACAAGAAAUACCAGUAGAUCAAGCUAAAUUGAAAAAAUUUCAAUCACAACUUAAAACUUUGGAACAAAAACGUAAAGAUCUUACCGAAAUGAUCGAGCAUAAGGCAUCCGAACUUCUUAAUCUUCGACGAUCUAUUCAUAAUGUUAAAUCGAAUGAUGCCACCAGAGAAGCACUUAUGGAUGCUAAACAUAAAGGAAUUUUGGAUGGCAUAUAUGGACGUUUGGGCAACCUUGGCGCCAUUGAUAAAGAAUAUGAUGUUGCUGUUUCAACUGCUUGUGGUCGAUUGAAAAAUUUUGUUGUCGAUACAAUUGAUAAUGCGCAAAAAUGUGUAGAAUUCCUGAAACAAAAAAAAUUAUCAUCAGCCACGUUCAUUGCGUUAGAUAAGCUUAGAGUUCAAUGGCAACCUUCAAUAUCGUAUCCGGAAAAUGUUCCACGUCUAGUCGAUUUGAUCCGGAUAAACGAUGAUCGAAUUCGUCCGGCUUUCUAUUAUGCAUUGGGUGAAACUUUGGUUGCCAAAGAUAUUGAUCAAGCCAGACGUAUAACGCAACAAAAACGUUACAGAGUUGUAACUUUAAAGGGUGAUAUGAUCGAAAUGGAUGGAGCCAUGACUGGUGGUGGCCAACCUAGAUCUGGUGGUAUGGGUCAGUCAAUUGCUGAAACAGGACCGGAUGUUUCGGAAGAACAAAUGACAAAACUUGCCAAAGAGAUCGAAUCGUUACAAAUGGAACGGCAACAGCUAGAUAUCGAAAUCGAUGGUGUUCAUGAUAGUAUUACUAAAUUGGAAAGAGAUUUAAAAUUCAUGGAAGAAAAAGCAAAUAGUUUUCGAUUGGAUAUACAAGAAUCGGCAAAUCGUUUGAAACAAGUUCAAGAAAAUAUAGAACGUCAAAAGAUUGAAGUGGAAAAAUUGAAAAAUAAUCCGAAAUUAGAUGAAGCUGAACAAUUAUAUCUAAAAGCUAAACAAGUUUAUGAUAAAUCGAUGACCGAAAUGAAUUCGCUGCUAGAACAGGUCAAAGAUCUUGACAAUUUAAUCAAUGAAAAAAUUGAUGAACGUAUGGGUCCAUUGAAGAAAAGACGUAAAACAUUGGAAAAAAAUAUGAAAGAAAAUCAGACGCAAUUGAAUCAACUUGUUUCGGAAAAAACUUCCGCAGAAUUGAAUCUGAAAAAAGCUGAAGAAGCAAUAGCAAAUAAUUUGAAAAGUCAAGAGGAAACUGAGCAAGAAAUGGAAGAAAUUAAGAAACAAAUUGCAGAAAUCGAGAUUGUUGCCAAAGAAAUCACUGAAAAAUAUGAAAACGCUCAACAAGAAUGUUUAACUAAAGAGAAGGAACUUAAUGAUCUUCGAACACGUGCACGAGAAAUGGAUGCCAAGUUUAAUGCGAUCAAAAAUUCUAAACUGGAUCUGAAAUUGGAAGCUGAAGAAAAGUUCAAAGUUUUGAAAGAAAAACGUGAAAAAAUGGCUAGAUAUCGUGCUGAAUUAGAAUCGAUCAAAUUGGAUCCGAUCGAUGAUGAUGAAGAUGAUCCUCAACCAAUGGAAACUGAUCAAGAACCAAUGGAAAUUGAUCAAGAAUCUGAAAUUACGCAAACAAAUGGAGUAUCCGAUUCGUCCGGAGGGGAAAGACCAAAGAAAAAAUAUCAUAUGACCAUUCCUAAACUGUCCGGCGAAGAAUUAGAAGAUCUUUCUUUUGAUAUGAUUGAAAAGAAUAUCAAAUCUAUUGAAUCUGAAUUGGGAAAUUUGUCGCCAAAUUUUGCAGCCAUCGAAAUAUUUCGUAAACAUCGUCGCGAUUAUCUAGCUAAACUAAACGAUUUGAAUGAAGUUACAGCCAAACGUGAUAUGUACAUGGAACAUUUAAGAGAAACGAAAAAUCGUCGUUUUAAAGAAUUCAAAACGGGCUAUCUGACCAUUGCACGUAAAUUGAAAGAAUUGUAUCGAUCAAUUACAUUGGGUGGUGAUGCCGAUCUAGAAUUUAUCGAUUCAUUGGAUCCAUUUUCCGAAGGAAUUAAUUAUGCUGUUCGACCGAAUAAGAAAACCUGGAAGAUAAAUAUUCAUCUAUCGGGUGGUGAAAAAACAUUGGCAUCAUUGGCUCUGAUAUUUGCACUACAUUACUAUAAACCAUCACCAUUAUAUAUAAUGGAUGAAAUUGAUGCAGCAUUAGAUUUUAAAAAUGUAUCAAUCAUUGCUAAUUAUAUCAAAAAACGAACACGUAACACACAAUUUUUGAUUAUAUCUUUACGAAAUAAUAUGUACGAAUUGGCUGAUCGUUUGAUUGGCAUUUAUAAAACAUAUAACAUAACCAAAUGUAUUCCUUUUGAUCCGAUUGCAUUUGAUCGAAAAUUUGGUAUUAACCAAUCCUGUACACAAUUGACAAACACGCAAACAACAACAACGACGACGACAGCCACACAACAAUCAGAAAAUUGAUUUGUUUAAUAAUAUUGUUUAAUAAUUAGUUUAA